AUGGAUCUCGGAGAUACGAGUGUGUUCACCGACGAGCUGCUCAUGGACGGGGGCAUCACUCUCACGGGAACGUUGGAACCAUGCUCGGACUGCAUGAAGGCGAAGGGCAAGAGGGCGUCGGUGCCGAAGGGGCCGGGAGCGUGGGCGUCGAAGCCUCUCGGGCGUGUUCACCUGGACCUGUGUGGACCGUUGGCGCCUUCCCUGGGCGGCAACCCCUACUUGUUCGUCGCCGUAGACAGCGCCUCGCGGUGGAACAAGGUCCACGGUCUCCGGCGGAAGUCCGACGCGCUGGCGGCUACGAAACGGCUGCUGGCGGACGUGGGGCGGUAUGACCUCGGCCGCAUCGAGUGCUUCCGGAUCGACAACGAGUGGACCCGGGGCGAGUUUCGGCGUUUCUGCGCCGACAACGGCAUCGGCGUCGAGUUCACCCCGCCUGGCGUCCCGCAGUACAACGGCGUCGUCGAGAGCGCCAUCUGGCGCAUCAUGAAGGCCGGCAUGGCCGCUCGCCGCAGCGCUGCCCGUGUGCUCAACGUCGAAUACGCCUCCAUCACCGGCCUCGACCCGCGCGGUGACCGUCUGUGGUUGGAAUCUGCGAAGUGGGCCGCCGACUCUCUCAACCAGUCGGUGACCAAGGCCAACCCCGGGCGUCGUUCUCCGCACGAGCUAUUCACCGGUCAGCAGGGGCCGUUCCGCGUGCUGCCGUUCUUCCAGCCCGGCUACAUGCGUGAGGAUCGCCGCACCAAGCUCGACGACCAGGCCACCCUAUGCUAUUACCUGAACGGCGGCGACAACCACCCGAGCGGCACCGUCAAGGUCCUCAAGGCCCGGCGAGGGGGGUUCCGCUGGUAUCCCCGCUGCGCCGACGCCUCCCCCGUUCACGCCGGUCGUCUCGAUCAACUUCGGCCCAGCCCCGACGCCUUCGACCGCCGCACAGCCGCCGCCAGCGCCCACGCCCACGCCGUCGCCCGCACCCGCUCCUGGCCAGCCGCCCUCUGCCGCUUCGCCGUCAUCGUCGGCGACCCCCGCUCCUGGCCAGACUCCUUCUGCCGCAUCGCCGUCACCGUCGGCGACCACAUCUCCAGUUCAGCUACCGCCGUUACCGCCGCCGCCGCUGGGCCCCGCGUUGCCCCCGCUCUCGGCUCACGCCAUGCCGCAGCUUCGCCCGGGCAAGAAGGCCGAGGGUAUGAAGGACCCGCGGCUGCCAGGCCGCACGACAUCGGGCACGAGGCACACCGCAGGGCUCAUCUCGAUGCUGGACAAGAACACGCUGGUAUCGAUGCUGGAGGCCCAGAGCGCGGUAGAGGAGGAGCGCAGGGAGUCGGGGGGAGCGGGGACCGGAGAGCCGGGGGAGCGGAGGCUGGAGAGCAGGGGGGAGCGCUCGCAGCCGUGGACCUGGGGGCUGGAGGAGCGGGCAUUCCACUUGCAUGUUCCACGCUCCUCGCCAACCGGGAAGACAUCGAUACCAUGCUGCGCGACCAGCGCCCGCCGGAGCAACGCCCUGAUCUCCCGCACUGCCAGGCGAGCGACCUUCGCAUCCCCAAGAGCUACAACGGGGCUAUGGCGUCGGAGUACCGGCACCUCUGGGACGACUCGAUGAAAAGGGAGUAUUUUGGGUUGCUGGAAGCGGGGACUUUUACUCCGGCGAAGAUGUUGGCAGCGUUGGCGUGCGAGUUGAACCUCGACUUGUGUCAUUUCGAUAUUGAGCAAGCUUUUUUGCGUUCGGAGUUGGAAGAAGACGUACUCAUGCGAUUGCCGCAGGGAUGUGGAGCUCUAUCUGGGUUGGUGGUAAAACUAGGCAAGAGUCUGUAUGGCUUGAGACAGGCCUCUAGGCAGUGGCAUGCAAUGCUGAAGAGGUGUUUGGUUGCGUUGGGAUUUGACCAGUGCAUGGCCGAUGCUCGUGUGUUUCGAUUGAUUGAAGGGGGGGGGGUGUUUUUGAUUUUGGUAGUACAUGUAGAAGACAUUUUUGCUGUGGGAGAGGGGGAGAGAUGUGACAAGUUUGGCGCCGACCUUAACAAGUCCGUGCCGGUGAAGAACCUGGGAGAGUUGAGAUGGUAUUAUGGGUGCUUUUACGAGAGAAGCAAGGAGACUGGUAGGCUGACGAUUUCUCAGCAGACUUUCACGGAUGAGCUAGCAGCAGAGUGCACUGGGAUGCAGCGAUGGGGGUACGCUGAUGCGGACUUUGCGAGCAAGGCAGCAGACCGUAGGUCGAUAUCAGGGGGGAUAGUAACAUGCGGAGGAGGCGUUGUGUCUUGGUUUUCCAGAACGCAGAAGUGCGUUACGCUUUCGACAACAGAAGCAGAGUAUGUCGCGCUUGGCGAUGUAGUGAAGGAGAUUUUAUUUUUGAGGCAGGUUUGGCGAUUUAUGUUUCCGAAGGUCAGCAUGCCGUGCAUCCCAGUCUUUGAGGACAACCAGGGGGCGAUUCAACGAGCGCAGAACCCCAUCUCGAACUCGAACUCGAAGCACAUUGAUGUAAGGCACCAUUUUCUCAGGGAACUGGUAGAGAGGAAGGAGAUUUCGGUGAUUCACGUGCCGUCUCCGUACCAGCGUGCAGACUUUCUUACGAAAAGUUUGCCCAAGGAUGCGUUCGAGUCUCACCGUGAUUUUGUGAUGAAUUUGGCAUGA